UCUGACGAGCUGUUCCCGGGCUAGUUCGGCAGGUAGCCGAGCCAUGGCGAGCAAGAGCCCAGUCAUCCGUGAGGGCUGGCUGACCAAGCAGGGGGGGAGGGUGAAGACAUGGAAGAGGAGGUGGUUCGUGUUGAGGAUGGGCAGUCUGACGUACUACAAGUCGAACAAGGAGAAGCACCUGGCAGAGGCCAUUGCCACGUUGCCGCUGAAGAAUGUGGGCUUUCGGGCCGAGGUGGAUGAUCCGCGGGAGCAUGCCUUUGAGCUGUACUCGGCGACUGGCAAGCCGAUACAUGGUAAUCACAUGUGCUAUCUACUCGCGGCAGAGGAUGCUGAGAGCAAGGACGGGUGGGCCAAAGAUCUGGGCGACGUUGUCUCCAUCGCCGAAGAGGAGCGACUGAUCUCGAACCUGCGGCUGCGCGGCAAGACGGUGCAGCGAGAGCGGCAGACAUCGACGACGUCCAAAAUGAUGUUUACCGGUGAGCCCAAGGUCGAUGCGGUUAUGUCGACGGUGCACAAGACCAAGUCGCCGCUGUGCAAGCUGGUGUCGUGCAAGCUCCGGGUUGUGCCCAAGUCAGUGCUGACCUUCAAGUGGCUGCUCGAGCUCGACCUUUCGACGAAUCAGUUGAAAGAGCUGCCGCCGGAGAUUGGCAAGCUCACUGCGCUGCAGAGCCUCAACGUCUACCGCAACCAGAUCCGCAAGCUACCGCCUCAGUUGAGCAAGUGCACCGGUCUACAGAGCCUCAAUCUGCUCCGCAACUCGCUGGUGGAAGUGCCGACGUGUCUCUAUCAGCUGCCAGCGCUCACCGAGCUCAAUCUCGGCUCCAACUCGCUCUGUCGACUGGAGGCUGCCGACGGCGGAUUCGGCGAGGCUGAGGCUUACCCUUGGCCGCGGCUGACCUCACUCGACGUGUCGAACAACCGGUUGACGGCGCUGCCAGACGCAGUGGGCAAGCUGACGGGGCUAGUCGUCCUCUCUGCAUUCCGCAACCGGCUGACGAGCCUACCGUCUUCGGUCGGGCAACUGACGGCGCUGCGAACGCUCAAUCUGGCGUUCAAUGAGCUGAGCACGCUACCGUAUGAGCUUGGCUUCUGCAGCUGGACGACCUGGAGCUCGAGUCAAACGCGAUUGUGGAGCCACCGCAGGAGGUGGUAAUGCGUGGCAAGGUUCACAUCCUGCGGUACCUGCGGACGAAUGCGCCUGACCUCAACGUGGGGCUGUGCUCCAUCCGAGGGCUCGGCACGACUGCCGCCGUGGCCGGCAUUCCUGCGCGAGUCAUCAUUGUUGCACGCAACGAUUUUGGGCAAACGGUUACAGCGCAUGGACAGCACUUUGAGCUGCGACUGACGCGCGUGGGAGACCUGGACGGGCCGCGCGCGCAGCUCUCGCCGCCGACAAAUGGGCAUGAUCAGGUGAGUCUGAUGGGCUCGGUGACGGAGACGGCUGGAGUGUACGAAGGCAGCUACACAGCGUCGGUGACCGGCAUGUACGAGCUCUCGGUCACGUCGCACGGGACGCAUGUCACAGGCUCGCCGUCGAUGGUGCGUGUGGAGGCUGCGCCGGUCUCGGCGUCGAUGUGCCGGCUGGGAAAUCCUGGAGUGCUGGCCUCUGUCCGUGGCGGUGAGCUGUCCAAGCUUGUUGUUGUGGCGUACGACGCGUUUGACAACCGGGUGACCCAGGGCGGGCUGGUCUUCGAGGUCGACAUUUCCGGCCCACCGCCGCUUACGGGCAAGGUCAUCGAUUACGAGGAUGGCAGCUACGUGGUCAAGUUUAUGGUUGGCGGCGGCGGUGACUACUCGCUCGGUGUGACGCUCGAUGGCGAGCACAUUCCGGGCUCGCCGUUUCUCUUCUACGCGCAUGCAGGCAACGAUGGUGGCGCGGCAGCGCCGGGCGCGACACACGCCGAGCCUGCGGUGGCCAGCUCGCCAGAUGCGCAGGCAAUCCUCGAAAUGUCGUUCGAGGAGCUAUUGCGCGAUGAGCAGGCGCCCGGUGAGAGCGCUACCAAAUCAGCGGAUGCAGAGCUGCUGCAGGCGCUGGAGGCGGCCAUUGUGGAGGCUGGGACCUCUGUCUCACUCGACCAGCUGCUGGAGCCGACCGGGCCGGCGUCGUCGUUCGUCUCGCUCCUGCAGGCGGCGACGGAGUCGAACGUCGAUGCCGACGCCCAGGCUCAGGCUGUCAUCGACGAAGCCAUGAGCAGCAAGGGUAUUGUCGCGCGAAAGGACUCGACGGCGUCGCUCAAGCGGCUCUCUACGCUGCUUCAGCAGCUGCGCGAGCAUCCCCCGACGCAAGGCGACGCCGACGAGGUGGGUGCCUGCAUCCGUCAGUUGCAGGACAAGAUUUUGCAGGCUGUCGACAGUACCGGGGAUGAUGUCGAGGUUCUAGUCGAGGCUGUGGCUACUCCUGAUGCCGAGACCAGUGUCGACAUGACCGAGAACAAUGUCAAGGCUGCUGAUGGUCAGGUGCAGGCCGAGGCUGUGUCUGUGGCUUGCGACUUGAUUGCUGUCGGCGACAGAGGAGAAAGUGGCGCCGAGGCCGAGGCUGCCUCUGCCGCCGCUCCUGUCGCCGCUCCUAGUGAUGAGGCCAAGGGCGGGGUUGAAGUCGAGGCCUCUCCAGCUGCAAGCAGCGAUGCACCCGUCAACGAUGACGUUGAUGCAGCUGACCCCUCUGUCGACAAGGCCAAGAACGUUGCCGAGGCCAAUACCGAUGCAGUCGUCAACGAUGACGUUGAUGAAGCUGACCCCUCUGUCGACAAGGCCAAGAACGUUGCCGAGGCCAAUACCGAUGCAGUCGUCAACGAUGACGUUGAUGCAGCUGACCCUUCUGUCGACAAGGCCAAGAACGUUGCCGAGGCCAAUACCGAUGCAGUCGUCAACGAUGACGCCAAGAACGUUGCCGAGGCCAAUACCGAUGCAGUCGUCAACGAUGACGUUGAUGAAGCUGACCCCUCUGCCGAUAAGGCCAAGAACGUUGCCGAGGCUGAGACUGCAGAUGAUGCCGAAGCGCAGAGCGAGGCUGUGCCUAUGGAUUCAGACUUGGCUGCUGCCGCCGCCAAGGCAACGAGUAGUGGUGAGGCCGAGGCUGCCCCUGCCGCCGCUUCCUUCAACCUCGCCCUUGGCGAUGAGGCCAAGGGCGAGGUUGAAAUCGAGGCCUCUCCAGCUGCAAGCACCGAUUCACCCGUCAACGAUGACGUUGAUGCAGCUGACCCUUCUGUCGACAAGGCCAAGAACGUUGCCGAGGCCAAUACCGAUGCAGUCGUCAACGAUGACGUUGAUGAAGCUGACCCCUCUGUCGACAAGGCCAAGAACGUUGCCGAGGCCAACACCGAUGCAGUCGUCAACGAUGACGUUGAUGAAGCUGACCCCUCUGUCGACAAGGCCAAGAACGUUGCCGAGGCCAAUACCGAUGCAGUCGUCAACGAUGACGUUGAUGAAGCUGACCCCUCUGCCGAUAAGGCCAAGAACGUUGCCGAGGCUGAGACUGCAGAUGAUGCCGAAGCGCAGAGCGAGGCUGUGCCUAUGGAUUCAGACUUGGCUGCUGCCGCCGCCAAGGCAACGAGUAGUGCUGAGGCCGAGGCUGCCCCUGCCGCCGCUCCCUUCAACCUCGCCCUUGGCGAUGAGGCCAAGGGCGAGGUUGAAAUCGAGGCCUCUCCAGCUGCAAGCACCGAUGCACCCGUCAACGAUGACGUUGAUGCAGCUGACCCUUCUGUCGACAAGGCCAAGAACGUUGCCGAGGCCAAUACCGAUGCAGUCGUCAACGAUGACGUUGAUGAAGCUGACCCCUCUGCCGACAAGGCCAAGAACAAUGUCAAGGCUGCUGAUGGUCAGGUGCAGGCCGAGGCUGUGUCUGUGGCUUGCGACUUGACUGCUGUCGGCGACAGAGGAGAAAGUGGCGCCGAGGCCGAGGCUGCCUCUACCGCCGCUCCUGUCGCCGCUCCUAGUGAUGAGGCCAAGGGCGGAGUUGAAGUCGAGGCCUCUCCAGCUGCAAGCAGCGAUGCACCCGUCAACGCUUACGUUGAUGCAGCUGACCCCUCUGUCGACAAGGCCAAGAACGUCGCCGAGGCUGAGACUGCAGAUGAUGCCGAAGCGCAGAGCGAGGCUGUGCCUAUGGCUUCAGACUUGGCUGCUGCCGCCGACAAGGCAACGAGUAGUGCCGAGGCUAAGGCCGUCACCGCACCUGCUGCUGUUGAUACAGAGACUAAGGAUGUGCCCAAAGUUGAGGAUGCUGGUGGUGACGUCAAGAACGCCGCAUCCUCCUCUGUCGCGAACACCAGUACUCAUGACAACUCGUUGCUCACGACGCCGACCUCGAACGAGCUUGCAGCUGUCGCUGAUUCUCCAUCUGCCGAGGCCGUGUCUGGUCCACAGAGCGUGUCUGACGAGGCCACAAGCUCCAGCAGUGAGCCUGUCGCCGACCCGGCAGCACUCUCGUUCAAGGCCAAGCUUGCUCUUUUCAAGCAGAUUGAGUCUUCGGUGACAACCUCCGCCCCGCACCGUCCGCGCAUUGUUCCGCCGUCGUCGCAUAUCGCCAGGAAGCACCACCCGAAGAAGAGCCCAUCCAAGGGAUGACCCUCGCACGAGUCGGUAAAGGGCAACCUGGCGGUAAUCCCAAAAAAAAAUAUUAGCCGG